CGUGCCCGGCGGGGCGGGCGGCGCGGCGCGGGGAGGAGCGGCGGGCGGAGCGAGGGCGGGGGCGCGCGGGCCGCGGCGUCUCCCCAGCAUCCCCGCCGCCUCCGCCCUGGCCCGCCGGGACGCGCGGCCGGACCGACACGCGGGCUCGGGCCCAGCUGGCGGCGCGCGCGCUGCCGCGAGAAACGCGCUCCGGCUCGGACUCGGGCCGCCGGGCCAGCGUCUGCGUGAGCCCGGAGGAUGUCCGGGAAGCACUACAAGGGUCCCGAAGUCAGUUGUUGCAUCAAGUAUUUCAUCUUCGGCUUCAAUGUCAUCUUCUGGUUUUUGGGAAUAACAUUUCUUGGAAUUGGACUGUGGGCAUGGAAUGAAAAAGGAGUUCUGUCCAACAUCUCCUCCAUCACUGAUCUCGGCGGCUUUGACCCAGUCUGGCUCUUCCUGGUGGUAGGAGGAGUGAUGUUCAUUUUGGGAUUUGCUGGGUGUAUUGGAGCUCUACGGGAAAACACCUUCCUUCUCAAGUUUUUUUCUGUGUUCCUGGGAAUUAUUUUCUUCUUGGAGCUCACUGCUGGAGUUCUGGCAUUUGUUUUCAAAGACUGGAUCAAAGACCAGCUGUACUUUUUUAUAAACAACAACAUCAGAGCAUACAGAGAUGACAUUGAUUUACAAAACCUCAUAGACUUCACCCAGGAAUAUUGGCAGUGCUGUGGGGCUUUUGGAGCAGAUGAUUGGAACCUAAAUAUUUACUUCAAUUGCACAGAUUCCAAUGCUAGUCGUGAGCGCUGUGGUGUGCCCUUCUCCUGCUGUACGAAAGACCCUGCAGAAGAUGUCAUCAACACUCAGUGUGGUUAUGACACCAGGCAGAGACCAGAAGUUGACCAGCAGAUUGUAAUCUACACCAAAGGCUGCGUGCCCCAAUUUGAGAAGUGGUUGCAGGAUAAUCUGACCAUUGUGGCUGGAAUUUUCAUUGGCAUUGCUUUGCUGCAGAUUUUUGGAAUAUGCCUGGCUCAGAAUUUGGUGAGUGACAUUGAAGCUGUGAGGGCUAGCUGGUAAGCCCCUUCAACAGCUGUUGUAAGACACUGGACAGACCCAGUCUUCCUGACCCUCCAGUGUGCCAGUGACAACCUUGCUGCAUGGACCCUACUCACAGAGGCACCCUGCAGUCCUAUCUGAUGGAGCUGCCAAUAACUUGUUUGGGGGCAAGGUGGGGGCGGGGGCAUAUAAAACUGGGAAAUGCUGCUCACUGACAGAAUUUUUAAAAAUACACAUUUGAAAGUUACUGCGCCAUAAAUCUCUACUGUAGCCAUGAAUUUAUGGAAGCCAGAUACUUACCAAAAAAGGAAGAGGGAGGUAGGGACCCAGAAGUACUUGAAUCAGUGGAAAACGAAGUCUUCUCCUCCACUUUGGUAAUUGGAGGGCUGGGAGAGGAAGUUGUGCUCUCAUCACACCUGGAAGGAGCUGCCUUCUGUUCCAUGACCUAAAGAAGUGUACCUCUCCUAAGACUCAGUCCCUUGCUUGGGAGCUGUGAACUUUUGGCAACUCUCCGUCUUAAAUUUCAAGGAACUGUUACAACUACCAUCCCCAG